AUGUGGGAAGCUAUUUGUUUCAGACUUCUAAGCUUGAUUGCAACCUUUUCGUGGAACUUUCUGGAUGUGUUUAUUAUGGUUAUUGGCAUUGGACUGUCCACGCAAUUCAGAUUAUUCAAUGUCGAACUGGGACGAACAGUGGGACAGCAAUUAUUCUCGAGUUUUAGGCCACAUCCAACGAGUUACCUCAUGAUUUAUUUUUGGUACUCCCUAAUUUUCCUCUUGAUGCGAGCAUUCUUAGUGGCAUUCACUGCGGCUGCUGUCAACGAUGAAUCGACAAAAUCCAUCAGAAUUUUGCGAUCUGUGUCCUCCUAUUCGUGGAAUACAGAGACGAAACGUUUUUUUGAUGAAGUUAAAUGUGGUACAGUCGCAUUAUCUGGAAUGAAGUUUUUCUAUUUAACUCGAAAGAUAAUCCUGAGCGUGGCAUCAGCAAUCGUUACGUAUGAGCUGAUUUUGAUGCAGUUCCAAUUGAGCUAUGAUGAAAUAUCAAUAUGUAAAUCUUAA